ACCAGCGGUUUCAAGUCAAACUCUCAGGUAGGCCAACCUCCGAUCCUCUCGUGACAGCUUUACCAUUGCCAGCACAAUGCCCGCGGCCGCGGCGGCGCACCACCUCGCCGGCGUCGCCGCAGCCUUCCUCCUCGCCGUCCUCCUCCACGUCCACCUCGCCGCCGGUGAAGACGAACCUCCACCGUGGUACCUGUGCGACCCCUACAGCGCGAGCGGCCGCUACUCGGAGAACAGCACGUUCCAGGCCAACGUCAACCGCCUCUCCGCCACCCUCCCCAGGAACACCUCCUCGUCUCCGGCCAUGUACGCCACGGGCGCCGCCGGCGACGUCCCGGACAAGGUGUACGGCUACGCGCUCUGCCGCGGCGACGUCGCCGACGCCCACGCCUGCGAGCGCUGCGUCGCGGCCGCCCUCCGCGACGCGCCGCGGGUGUGCCCGCUCGUCAAGGACGCGCUCGUCUUCCACGACCUCUGCCAGCUCCGCUACUCCAACCGCAACUUCCUCCUCGACGACGACUACUACGUCGCCACGUACUCGCUCCAGCGCUCCUCCCGCCUCGUGAGCGCGCCGGCGCCGGCGGCGGUGGCGGCGUUCGACGCGGCCGUGGCCAUGCUCGCCAACGCCACCGCGGAGUACGCCGCGGCGGCGAACACGUCGAGGCGGUACGGCACGGCGGAGGAGGAGGGCGUCGACGGCGACGGCGACAGCGGCCGCCCCAGGAUGUACGCGCUGGCGCAGUGCACGCCGGACAAGGCGGCGGACGUCUGCCGGGCCUGCCUCACGACGCUGACCACCGUGCAGCUGCCCAAGCUCUACAGCGGCGGGAGGACGGGAGGUGGGGUGUUCGGGGUGUGGUGCAACCUCCGGUACGAGGUGUUCCCUUUCUUCUCCGGCCGCCCGCUGCUGCAUCUUCCGGCGUUCGUGGAGGCGCCGCCGCCAGCGACGUCGGCGGCGGCGACCAGAAGAGGAGAGAAAAAGAGGAAUAAGACAGGUAUAGUUCUAGCCAUUGUUAUGCCUACAAUUGCUGCAAUGCUGCUCAUCGUCGUAGCAUACUUUUGUUGUUGGAGGAGGAGACGACCAGAAGAACAGACGUUUCUGCCCUGUAGUUCAGACGAUAUUCAAAGUAUUGAUUCGCUUCUACUCGAUCUAUCAACACUACGAGCUGCUACAGAUGAUUUUGCUGAAACUAAAAUGAUCGGCAGAGGAGGGUUCGGUAUGGUUUACAAGGGAGUCCUGCCUGAAGGUCAAGAAGUAGCUGUGAAAAGACUUUGUCAGAGUUCCGGACAAGGAAUAGAAGAGCUUAAAAGUGAGCUAGUUUUAGUUGCUAAGCUUUACCACAAGAAUCUUGUAAGGCUUAUUGGUGUUUGCUUGGAACAGCAAGAGAAAAUACUUGUCUAUGAAUAUAUGUCAAAUAAAAGCCUUGAUACCAUUCUUUUCGAUAUAGACAAAAACAUAGAGCUAGAUUGGGGCAAAAGGUUCAAGAUUAUAAAUGGAAUUGCUCAAGGCUUGCAAUACCUUCACGAAGAUUCUCGAUUGAAGAUAGUGCACCGAGACCUCAAAGCAAGCAACAUUCUAUUAGACUUUGAUUACAACCCUAAGAUUUCUGAUUUUGGCUUGGCGAAGAUAUUUGAUGGGGAUCAAUCAAAAGAUAUCACUCAUCGAAUUGCCGGAACAUAUGGAUACAUGGCGCCUGAAUACGCCAUGCAUGGUCAUUAUUCAGUCAAGUUGGACGUAUUUAGUUUCGGCGUUUUGGUACUAGAGAUCGUCACUGGAAGAAGAAAUAGUGGCUCAUAUGAUAGCGGGCAAGAUCUUGAUCUCUUAAACCAUGUGUGGGGGCACUGGACCAGGGGAAAUGUUGUAGAGUUGAUUGAUCCAUCCUUGGGCAACCAUCCUCCGAUCGAGCAGAUGUUGAAGUGCAUCCACAUCGGGCUGUUGUGUGUUCAGAAAAGACCUGCAAGCAGGCCGACGAUUUCGUCAGUAAACAUCAUGCUUAGCAGCAACACUGUUCGUCUCCCUUCUCUAUCCAGGCCGGCUUUCUGCAUCCAGGAUGUUAGUGCCAGUGACAGCUCUAAUCCGCAUUCAACAGCGGUGUCUUCGAAUGAUAUGUCAAUCACAGAUCUUGUGCCGAGAUGAAUCCUGAAUUCUUAGUUCAGUCGCCAAACCAGUUAAGUGUACAGUGCUUCUAGAUAUUGGAUUGAUGCAUGGGGAGGCCCUGACCCCUGAAUCCUGCAUUAUGGCUGUAAGCCUGUAAAUAGAAUUGUUAAAACGGUAGGAACUAUCUAUAUAUUAGUCGGUAGAUUUUUUUUUCUAGAAAAUCACUCGGAUUUUAUAAGCAACAGGUUGGAAACGUAUU